CAUUGUUGCUUUUCUCUUGGGCGCUUCUGCCAGCGUGGGUUCACAGGAGCACCUUUCUUUCGCUUUUUUCGCCUCAUGUGGCGUGUCAAUGGCUCGCCACAGACGCCAAUGCUGUGGUUGCGGAUAUGUCCUGACCAUCAGCGUUUUUGUGGUCAGCUUGGGCCUGACAGCCUUAGCGGCAAAUUUGUACUUUCUUCACCCAGACAGACGAGGUGUUCGCGGUGCGCACGCAGGCCGAGAGGCUCCAGCUCGGGAGGUGGAAGCUGCAAAGGACCAGCUGGCACCGAAGCAGGUCGUGGAGCUUCCGGUCGUGGUGCCAAAGGUCGGAGCUGGCGCGGAAGCAGGUGGUGCUCGCGCCGUGACCGGCGAAGAUGACAAUGCGCCCCGGCCAGCGCCAAGGCCAGGAGAUAGUGAAUUCGAAGCAACGCCUGGGUUGAAGGAACGACCCGGGGCUGGACCAGGACAUUGGCAUGGCAAGCUCGGCCUUGGUGCUGAUGGCACACCUUUGAUAAAGCCCACACCGUUGCCGAGCAACAGCGAGACCAUGGAUUUCAAGCAGAAGGCACACAUGGGACAAUGCUACAAUGCAGCGAAAAGCGAUUCUGUGCCUUUGGAUCGUGAUGCACCUGACACGAGGCCGGAGGUUUGCAAGCUUCGCCACCGCAACUAUCCGAAGGAUUUGCGGACUGCCUCCAUUGUGAUUGUCUUUCACAACGAAGUGGCCUCGGUACUCCUACGUUCGGUGCACUCCGUCUUGAACCAAUCACCGCAAGAUUUGCUGCAUGAAGUGAUCCUGGUGGACGAUGCCUCGGUGCCAGACCCUGGUCGUUUCACCGAGGAGCGGUGGCAAAGAUUGCAGAAACCACUGCUAGAGUAUGUACUGCAGCUGCCAAAGGUGCGGCUGGUACGCUUGGGUGAGCGGCGUGGCCUGAUGCUUGCGCGGAUGGAAGGGGCAUGGCGAGCUCGCGCGGAGAUUGUUGUUUUCUUGGACAGUCACAUUGAGGCGACUCCUGGGUGGCUGGAACCAUUGUUGGCUCGGAUCCAUGAAGAUCGAAGGCAUGUGGUAGUGCCCAAUAUCCUGGGCAUACAUUUUGACAACCUCGGCUAUGAGGGAAGCUCUGGACUAGGUGUGCUAAGCUUUACUUGGACACUUGGGCAAAGGCCUAUGCCUACCAAUACUGGCAGUGAGAUCCAAAAGUCAUCCAUCAUGGCUGGAGGUUUGUUCGCAGCGGACAAGGCCUUCUUCAUGCAUUUGGGAGGCUAUGAUCCCGAGAUGCGGUUCUAUGGUGGAGAGGAGAUGGAGAUUGGCUUUCGGACCUGGCAGUGCGGGGGCGACAUCGAGUACGUUCCAUGCUCACGAGUGUAUCACAUUUUCAGAACCUCUCGUUAUUGGCAAGGCACUGAUUCAGCUGGAGUUGCGUACAAGGUCCCAGGUGUCGAAAUCGUGCGGAACAAGCUUCGCGCAGCUGCUGUUUGGAUGGACGAGUACGAAGUCUUGGUCCAAUACGCCUCUGCUCCUCUUCCAACGGGUGUGACACUGGGGGAUUUGGAGUCCCGGAAAUCGUUGCGGCAACAUUUGCAGUGCAAGUCCUUCAAGUGGUACUUGGAAAAUGUUGCUAAGGAGGUCUUUGUACCGUCCAUUGAAGGUCUACUUGCUGGAUCAUUGAGGAACAUCAAGCUGGAUGCCUGCAUUGAUACUUUGGGCGGACACAGGCAGGGAUUGCUGACGCCGGGCAUAGACCCAGCUGUUCGUUCAACAGGGCCGGCUACCUGCAUGGCGAAUCGCACUGCGAUGGUGGCACCAGCGUGGUCGGGGAAGGAGGCGUACGGCGACUUGCAGCAGCUACACAACCAAAAGUGCCUCAGAUGUUCGAGCUCUUCCUCAAAGUACUUUAGGCCAGGAGCCUACCCAUGUCACGGGCAGCAUGGAACCCAGGGCAUGGUCAUUGAUGGUGGAGGCAUGGUUCGAAUUCCGCUUUUGAUGUACGAGCACUGUCUUGUUGCUGGUGAUAUUGGAAAGCCAGUCGCGUUGUCUCCUUGUGAUGCCCAUCAGGCUACUCAGCGUUGGAGUUUCUCAGAAGGACGACUCCAACAGCAAGGCACCAUGAACUGCCUGGCAGCAGCAAGCGAGAAAUCAGACAAGCUACCAUUUGCGUUGACCAUGGCGCAAUGCAACAACAACGAAGAGCAACAGUGGGAAUGGUAUAUUUAACCUAUCUUAUGUUGCAAUUCAAAGAAAAUUGUAUUAAUUGAUA